AUGGCGUCGAUUUUGACAGGAAAAAUUCCCUUCCAUCAUGGAGAAAAGAAGAUGCACAACUUGCUUCGCGUUCCCUCACAGGACAAUCCCACGGUUCCGUCCCUCGGCUUCGGGGCGGCAUAUCUACUGCGAACGGCCCCAUUGCUCGCCAUAGGCUCUCUCGAUCAGGAGGGCAGGCCGUGGUCAACUGUUUGGGGUGGCGAAGCCGGAUUUGCUAACCCCAUAACUCAGUCCACGAUUGAAGUGAAUACUCCGGUCGAUACGAGCUAUGAUCCUGUUGUUAGAAUACUUUUGCAUGAUUUCGCCAACGAUCCUACAGCUACGUCAGGCAAUCAGAAGAUCUGGUCCGGCUUGAUUGUUGAUCUGGAAACUCGCAGGAGAGCCAAGCUCCACGGCAAGGGGAUUUCCGGGUCGCUAGACCCUGCUGAUCAAGAAGAAAUACCAGGGCUAGGACACACAGGCACAGCCCAUCUGACCGUGCAUAUAGAUGCCAGUCUCGGUAAUUGUCCGAAAUAUCUGAACAAGAAACGUAUCAUACCAACCCUUCCGGCUCCAAAGCUCAUUUCAAAUUCUCCUCAACUAUCUUCAGAAGGUGUAAGCCUCCUUGAUCGCGCUGACUGCUUGUUUGUUUCUUCAUCUCACGGCAGCAUCGAUAUGGAUACCAACAUUCGCGGUGGGCCUCCAGGGUUCGUUCGACUCGUAUCAAACGAACCUAGUGGAGCCGUCUUCGCUUAUCCGGAAUAUUCCGGCAAUCGUCUCUAUCAGACUUUGGGGAACCUCCAAGCGAACCCUUUGGCAGGAUAUGUCUUUCCCGAUUUUGAUAAUGGGGCUGCGUUGUAUAUCACUGGGCAAACACAGAUUUUGAUUGGCAAAGACGCAGCCCGUGUACUGCCACGAUCAAACCUCGCCGUUCUUGUCACCAUCACGGCCGCCCGGUAUGUUGAAAAAUCCCUAUCAUUUCGAGGUAUUGCAGGAGAGCCAUCUCCGUACAAUCCACCGGUGCGAUACUUGGCAGCCGAGAGGGACAUUCCGACUGUUCCAAAAGACGAUGGUUCGGCUGUCACAGCAACACUGAUCAAGAAGGACAUCCUGACUCCUGCCAUCUGCCGGUUCCGCUUUCGUAUUUCUGAUCCGGCCAAGCUUGGAAAAUGGGUACCGGGACAGUACGCUACGUUUUCCUUCCACGAUGAACUAGACAUGGGCUAUCGCCAUAUGCAAGAUGACGAUCCAACCAGUCUCAAUGAUGACUAUAUCCGUACAUUUACCAUUUCAUCAUAUCCCGGGCAAGGACUGGGUGCAGCAGAGUUCGAGAUAACUGCACGCAAACAUGGCAACGUGACCAACUAUCUAUUUAGGACCAACGAGAGAGCGGGUCUCGAGGUUCCUCUGAAAGGCUUUGGUGGUAACUUCCAGAUACAGAAAGGCAGGGACCAUAUUGUUCCUUUUAUCGCCGGUGGCAUUGGUAUUACGCCUAUUCUGGCACAACUUCCGGCUCUCGAUACCAUUCGACUGCGACUGCUGUGGUCCGUGUCAGUUCAUGAUAUGGGCUUGGUUUUGGAUACGUUCCAGCGGUUUCCUCGGUUGUCUGGCUCUACGACUCUCUUCGUUACCGGUGCUGAUCCACAGGACAAAAAUGUAGUUGAACAAUAUCAAGCUGUCUGCCUGUCUGAAGCACGCAUUUAUCGCCGCCGAAUGGAUGCAAAGGAUCUGGACUCGUCUCUGGCGGACAUGUGGUAUUUCUGUGGCAGCCCUUCUCUCAAAGGCUCGGUCUUGACCUGGCUCACUGGUAAAAAUGUAGUUUUUGAGGACUUCAACUAUUGA